AUGCGACAGGCAGCUGUUGGUGGAGUCGACGUCGCUGAGGAGUUCGACGUGCUCACGUCCGUCGGGCAGCACCCGAACGUCGUUCGCGCUUUCGCCGUUCUCACCAGCUCGCUCGGUCGGCCCGCCUUGUUGCUCGAGCCGGCAACCGAAAGCCUGCAUGCCGCUGCGUGCAGGCUGAAAGAGGGCCGAGACGGCUGGCUGGCCCGCCGCAAGUCGCUGGUCCCGCUGUUUCAGCAGUUCCUCGUCGGCCUCUCGUACGUGCACGGACGUUCGUUUUUGCAUCUCGAUGUGAAACCGAGUAACAUUCUCGUUUUCGAAGACAAGCGAGCGGCGAUUGCGGACUUCGGCUUGGCACGGGAGAUGGUGCAAGAGGCUUGCUGCGUGAUCGGCAACCGUGCCUAUACGGAAGCCCUUCGGUGCCCCGAGUGCCUCAUGGCGGACGACCGGAAGGUGCGAUUGACGUGCUCUGCAGACGUGUGGGCGGCCGCCGUCUCGUUUUUCGACAUUUUCAGCCCCAGGGAUGCGUCGCUCUGGAGAAUGCCUCCGAAGACGUUCGUGCGGGAGACGGAGGAGGCCACAGCCGCCGCCAUUCGCAAUAUGGCCCUUCGUGUCUGCGAAAAGGCGAUGCCGCACGACCAGACCAUGAUGAAGAUCCUGGAGCGGUCGUUCGUGCCUGCCCGGCAGAGACUCUCCUUGACUGCUUUCCUGGACUUGACCCAGAAGAAGUGA